AUGACCCGGCCCAUCAAGGCGUUCACAGCGGAGUUUGUCCGUCAGAUGCUGAUUGGUCUUCCCACCCAGACCCUGGGUCUGUCUCUCUGCAGCACUCUGUCCGCCCUGGGUCUGGAUCUCACCGCGCAGGUGGAGGCCAAGGACCUGUCCGACGGCAAGGUGUCGCUGGAUGAGUUGUGUAAGCAGACGGUGGUGCAGGGUCUGGGCGCAGGCCGUAUGUCUCAGCUGCUACUGAACAGAGGCACGGUGCUGGCGUCCUCCUACGACACGGCCUGGAAGAAACUGGACCUGCUCAGACGCCUGGAGACCAGCCUGGACGCUGCCAAGGUCUCCCUGCAACGCACCCAGCUACACAUCACCAUGUUCCAGUGGCAGCAUGAGGACGUGCUCGGCCCUAGGACCCAGCCGAUGAGUGUGAGCCCUCCUCCUCGCUCCAUCAUCCUCAGUAGCAUGAAGAAGAAGCUUUACAAACUCAGCCAGGACGAGGCGGCCAUCGCUGCUGUCCAGGAGAAGCUGGCAUCACUAGAGGGCAGUAUAGAGCAGCGUCUGAAGUGGGCCGGAGGGGGCUGUGCCCUGGCUCCAGUGCUCCAGGACUUUGAUCUGACCAUCGCAGAGCGCCGCCCUCGUGGCCCGGGAGAGCCAGCUGCGUACCAGCCAGCCACCACAUCCACGAAACUCCUGAUGUCAGCCAACACAUCCAGGGAAGUCACUGAAACCCUGAUGUCAGCCAGCCACCACAGCCAACACAUCCAGGGAAGUCACUGA